GAGAGGAACUUCCCUGAAAGGAGCGAUGACAGGCGUGUGGUUUUGACGGCUUUCGAACGGACAAAGAACCCAGGACUUCCUGCCAUCUACUGCUCACAGCUUUCAGUCGAGAGGUUUUCUGAAACUUUAGCUCGACAGCAGGACGGCCGACGGCUCAGUCUCUACGUGGACCCACCUGCAAAGAUGAUGCGAGGAGCUCUGGUCACAAUUUUCAUUUUGCUGAACCUCAGCCUCACUGAGGCCUUGGAUGACUUCAAGAUAUGUUACAUCCUUGAUGGGAUUCUCCUCUUUUACGGUGUUGUUCUCACCAUCUUGUACUGCAGACUGAGGCAGAUUUAUUCCACCAACAUAUGUCAUGCUGAAAGCACCAAGCACAUCUAUGAGAAAGGCAUCUAUGCGGGCCUGAACCCACACCAAAUUGACACCUAUGAAACCAUCAAAAUCAAGCAUCAAAUUGUGUGAUUAAAGCAGACGCGUACAAUAAGCAGGAUGCUACUCAACAAAUACCGCAGGCUCGAAAUCCAAUAUACUGGGGAUUUUUUUUUGUGUGUGCUGUAACUCUCAGAUGUCUGUCAUGCAGAGCAAUUUUACCAUGUUAUUAAAUUGAAAUAAGAAAUUUGCUAAUAUCCUAACAUCCAUGUUCGCUCAAUGUAUACUUACUGCAUCUCUACUGUUUGCAUGGAGUCGCAGGAGAGUUUUACCAUUCACUGUGACAAAAUAAAAGCAUUUCAAUCACAGUGUUUUUUGAAUGGACUUGGGCCUACAAUGCUGGAGACCAUUUAAUUCCCCACAUGCUAAAUAUCAGUAGGGAGCGGGUGGGGGCAGGUGUUCUAUAGAUAGGUCUACAGACAACUGAAGCUAAUAGUUGGAGAUGGCUCAUGUUUGGCAUCUUGACAUACCGCAUUUGUCAUAUUUAAUGUAGGAUUGUGUAAUCUACCUACCAAUAAACCGCUUACAAAA